GAGGGGCGGGGCGGCGCCUUCCCUGCGGAGUCUGCCCGGCCGCGGCUGCCCGGAGUCCCGCGCCAGGCCGGCGGGAGGAGCGGGAGCGGCGGCGACGGUUCCCGUCCCGGUUGGCCAGGCUUUUUCCCUCCCCGCUGCAGCGAGGCAGCCUUCUGGAGCAUGGCCCACUGAUGGUCCUGGGGUUUUGGUUCAGCCGCAGCGUGACUCUUGCUGGGUCAGAUGGCGACGGCCAACAAAGGCACCAACCCCAAAGUGGGGGGCGUCCGCUUCUCCCCAACCCAGACGGUGGAGGGAAGUUCCAGCCAUGUUCAUUUCGAUGAGAAGCUGCACGACUCCAUGGUGAUGGUCAGCCAGGAGAAGGAAGGGGACUUCCUGGUGAAGGUUGGCUUCCUCAAGAUCAUGCACAAGUACGAAAUCACCUUCGUCCUGCCUUUUGUGCAGGUCCUGGGAACGGACAUUUGCCCGGCACCCCUGUCGAACCUUCAUCUUAAAGUGACGAACAUCGUGCCCGUAUCUGAAGGCUACAGGGUGAGGUGCGAAUACGUGGCCCACAAAGAAGGGGUUCUCCACGAAGAGAUGGUCCUUCGCAGCGAGACCAACCACAGUGCCAGCAUCAAAGUCGUCGUGCAAGCCCGAGUGAUGGACCGACACCACGGCACACCGAUGCUCCUGGAAGGCGUCAAAUGUAUCGGCGCCGAAGUGGAAUACGACUCGGAGCAAAGCGAAUGGCAGGGCUUUGACUAGCCAGGACGUGCCCCCCCCCCUUUCUGCUGCAGACUCCAGCGCCUUCCUGGGGUCCCUCUACCUAUAUAGAUAUAUACAGAUAUAUAUAUAGAUAUAUAUAUUUUCCGGUUAAGCUUGAAAUAAUAAACAAAAAAUACCAUCUCCGCUGCCCGCUGGCUGCCAGGUCCGAGCGUGCUUGUGCUGUGCUGCUCCGGUGACGCUUGUCUUGUGGGGCUGGCGCUGUGCUUUUCUCCUAUCUACCCCACCGUACAGUUACACCUACUAUUAAACCCCCUUGUAGGUUGUGCUUCGGAGGCGCCUCCGGCCAGGUUUGGAUCCAUUUCCGUAACCUCCGUUCCGUCGUCGGUGCAGCUCAGGGCACGCGCUGCCCCAUGGCGGCCUUCGUCCUUCUAAUCCAGGCGCGCCAUUUUGUUUAUCUUUUAUUCUACCUGGUUUAGCAAAGUCGGGUGGCCAGCGGAGGGUUUUUGGCAACCGCCGUUCGCAAAACGGAGGAAAAAGCCAGCUGACCAGCAGACUUCGGCUGUAUGUUUUACCGUUCAGAGCAGGGGGUCCCCAUUCCUGUAGGCCGCAGCCCACUACCGGGUUGCUGCUGGUUCGGAACUGGGCCGUGCAGGCGUACGUAGCUCCAUUUGUGCGAGCGACAGUUGCACGCACCCGCUGCUUGUGCAAAUGGAGUUGCUCGUGCCUACUGCUCGCGCGGAACCAUCCCCUCCGCGGGCCGUUCUGCCAAGCCAGAAAGGUUACGGAUCCGCCGGUUUGGAGGCGGGAAGUGGGUCAACUCGCCGUCCAGCCAAUUCGCCACGAGACAAUUCACGGCGGGACAAUUCAACAAUUCGAUUUAACUUCUAAAAGAUAAUUUAAAAAAGAUUUUCUAUUUUUUUUUUUAUCAUUCGCCUUCUUUAUUUUGUCGUCCUUUAUUUUGGCUUCCUUCCUCUGACGAUUCUCUUCGACGGUUUCUUUGAUAUUAGCAUCAUAACUCUUGUACCCUGGCGAGUUGGCUUGUGAUACAACCUUUAGAAGUUGCCGCUGUUUUAAAAAAACCGAAGAGCUCAAGAAAGCACUUUAAAAAAAAAAAAAGCUCCUUGGAAGGUAUUCAACUCUAUAGCCCUGAAAAGCUGUUUGGGGAAGCAGGAAAUUACGGGUUUUGUUUUUUUGGUGAAGUUGUAUUGCCAGCACUGGCUGCUACCCCCGUAAAACGGCUAUUUAGCGCUAAAAAGUUGAUCGGGAGGCAAAGCUUACAAAUGUGGUUGGGAGUUCGUGAGAACGCCCACCAGAUUUCACUGUGUUUUAAGAGGCUUUUAAGUUACUGUGAGACGGACGGUUCCUGGGGACCACUGCACACAACCAAGGUUGCCUGUGGUUGUCCCCCUCCCCCUUUAUUCUCCCCUCCCCCCCUCUCCGAUUGUUGGAAAUGAACCCCACUCAGGAAGAAGACGGGAAACCCAAAGCCGCCUCAGUUUUGCAAACAUUCCCUGAAUCAUUUGAACCCCUUUCAGUUCCCCACCCCGGUGGCUACAAGAAUGGGUGCACCCGAGGCCCUGUUGUGAUACAGACCCCCUCCUCCCCUGUUUAUUCCCAACAUCCCCCCCUCUCUUCCCCCCAAGUUCGGUUAGCCUAGGAAGGUUUUUCUUCGAAAGGCAAAACUUUUGCUGCUGUUUAGGAGACAACGCAAGAGAAUUAUUCUCUUGUUGCCAUACGGGGGUUUUUUGGUUGUCGUCGUUUUUUUAAAGAUAUGUAAUUUUGGUUUCUCUAUGAAAAUACCACACCUGGAACCCCAAAGUCCCAUCCUGGACUACAAAUCCCCUAAAGACAAAUUCCUUGAGUUAUCUAGGGCAGUACUUUUCAAGCUUGGGGACUUUAAGAGGGCGGGAUUUUAACUCCCAGAAUAGCUGGCUGGGGAAUUCUGGGAGUUGAAGUCCAGCCCUCUUAAAGUCUCCAAGCUUGAAAAGCACUGCCCUAAGGCAGGGAUCUCCAACCUUGGCCGCUUUAAGACUUGUGGACUUCAAUGCCCAGAAUUCCCUUGGCUGGCUAGGGAAAAUUCUGGGAUUUGAAGUCCACAAGUCUUAAAGCGGCCAAGGUUGGAGACCUGCCCUAGUGGAUGAACUCCUCAGAUGGCCAUUAGCACAGGUAGAGCAAGAUCUUUGCGUAGCUACUCAAAUCUCCAAAAUACAACAUUUCUCGAGUAACUUGUGAGCUUUAUGAGUUGGGACUGUGUGGCUUGUUUCAUGGGUAGGACUUUAACGCCCUGCAAUGUCCAUUCACCGGCCACGCCCUGAUGAUGGGACUUCCAUUGUGACGUCAACCACCUCGACUGUGAAAAUGACAUUCCUAGGGUGGAUCUUUGGCCAACCCAUCCCACCCUAACCCUGGACUGGACUUCCAACUCCCAGAAUGUCCAGGUCCUCGUUGCCCAUCUUGGCUGGAGAGCUGGGCAUGGAAGUCCAGCUGAGGUUGGGUUCGUCGGUAGGCCAACAUCAACAGGAUGGUGGGCACAGCGUCACCAAGCAACCAACCCCAGCCCAUUGGCGCAUGCACUGGCAUGACUUGGUGUGGGUCAAUGGAAGAGGGUGGUGUUAACACCUGCCUCUGUGACACCCAAUGUCCCACCAAGAGUUUUGAUGACAUGGUUGGAGAAGACCUUCAUGGUUGGAGAAGGUGGGCGGAGAAUUCCUCAACAGGAAUUCUGGGAAUUGAAGUCCACCUAUCUUCAGGUGGGCGAGGUUGAGAAAUCUCCCAACCUUUGCUGCGGUUGUCUCUCUCCUUCCUUCUCCAAAGUUCAUGGACCUCCCUUCUGGUAAGACUUCACUUCUUCUAAGCAAGACCUCCCAGGCGGGCAGAGCCCCCCCACCAGAAGGGCCAUCCCAGCAGCUGCUUCUGACUUUCCCCCCCUGCUUAAAAUGGGGUGGGUGGGUGGCAGCCCUGGGCCCUCUUCCCAACCCACUCUAGUCCAUUCCUGGAGAAACUACAGCUUCGGAUUCUGCCUUUGCAAGAUCGAAGUCACAAGAGCUCCUAUUCAAACGUUAAGGAUCCGUUUCUAUCUCCCCUCUGCCCCCCUCCUCUAACAUAAAACUCCCUCUUUGUGGAAGAAACUCAUGGGAUACACAGCAGGGAUGCGCACGGUGGGCUUCUUGGAUUUUAUGUGCCUAUGUAUAAAAACACACACAUGCACACUUAACCCCUGUAAGAAAACCUGUGUUUGGGUUUCUUGGUUUGUUCGUUUUUUAAAGCCAACGUUCUCUGAAAGAAAAUAAUAAAUUUCAGUUGUAAAAUAAAAA